AAAAUUUGUUAGACCCGAACCGAUAACUAACUCGUUUAGUCAUGACGGUAAAGAAAAUAAAAUGGCGGCAUGCGGCUGCUGCGCAAAAGCCGGAUAAGCAGCCGAGUCUGUAGCGUAUUUGACGGGUAGCGAUGCUAGGAAUACUUUCGACCCUUCGUGCUGCCCGAAGACUGUCAGCGGAAUGCUUUCUCCGCCGCAACCCGCUUAUCGCAGGGCAUGCCGUCGAUCGGGUAGCCGCAGCCAGGAAAGUCUUCUUGCACUGUAAAAAAGACAACAUUUAUUACCAUUCCCUUCUUCCUUGUUCGGUUGACGCUUUCCAAUUCAGUACAUCCACAUUCUUUCCUACUGCGAGCACAAGCGACGAAAAUGGGGAUGAUGAAAAUGACUGUGGCGGUGCUGUGGAUGGUGUUGGAGUGACUGAUUUUGAACCUCCACCAGGCCAUCAUUCUACGAAAAACAGAAAUUCGGAUGCUUAUUCAGCUAUUGAACUCGCAUUGGACUCUGUGGUCAAGAUUUUUACGGUGUCCAGUAGUCCUAAUUACUUCCUACCUUGGCAGAAUAAAUCCCAGCGCGAAUCUACCGGCUCAGGUUUUGUUAUUUUUGGAAAGAGGAUCCUGACAAAUGCGCAUGUUGUGGCUGAUCAUACCUUUGUACUAGUAAGAAAGCAUGGGUCUCCAACCAAGUAUAGAGCUAAAGUCCAAGCGGUUGGCCAUGAAUGUGACUUGGCUAUUCUAUUGGUUGAGAAUGAAGAGUUCUGGGUGGGCACAAACUCAUUGGAGCUCGGAGUCGUUCCAUUUCUUCAAGAAGCUGUUGCUGUAGUUGGUUAUCCUCAAGGGGGAGACAACAUUUCUGUCACAAAAGGUGUUGUCUCAAGGGUCGAACCUACACAAUAUGUACAUGGUGCAAGUCAGCUCUUGGCAAUACAAAUUGAUGCAGCUAUAAAUCCCGGAAAUAGUGGAGGGCCUGCAAUCAUGGGUGACAGAGUUGCCGGGGUUGCAUUCCAGAACCUCUCAGGUGCAGAGAAUAUUGGCUAUAUAAUUCCCGUCCCUGUUAUAAGACAUUUUAUAGCUGGAGUAGAAGAGAGAGGAAAUUAUGCUGGGUUCUGCUCCAUGGGCUUGUCAUGUCAACCUGCAGAAAAUUUGCAUCUUCGGAAAUAUUUCCAAAUGGAUCCAGAGUGUACAGGGGUACUUGUGAGCAAAAUCAACCCACUUUCUGAUGCUUAUAGAGUGUUGAAAAAGGACGAUAUCAUUCUUUCAUUUGAUGGUGUACCUAUAGCAAAUGAUGGAACUGUUAUUUUUCGAAACAGAGAGCGAAUAACAUUUGAUCACUUGGUUUCUAUGAAGAAACCUAAUGAAACAGCAGAAGUCAAAAUACUGAGAAAUGGCGAAAAGCUCCAGUUUUGCGUCAAACUUUUCCCACUAAAACCCCUUGUUCCAGUUCAUCAAUUUGAUAAGCUUCCCAGUUAUUACAUUUUUGCUGGUCUGAUCUUCAUUCCUUUGACUCAACCAUAUCUUCAUGAAUAUGGAGAAGACUGGUACAAUUCCUCGCCUAGACGGCUGUGUGAAAGAGCACUUAGGGAACUUCCAAAAAAACCGGGACAACAACUCGUUAUUCUCUCUCAGGUCUUGAUGGAUGAUAUCAAUACUGGGUAUGAGCGUCUUGCAGAAUUGCAGGUGAAGAAGGUUAAUGGGGUUGAAGUGGAGAACUUGAAACACUUGCGGCAUCUUGUAGAGGACUGUAGCAAGGAGAAUGUGAGGUUUGACCUGGAUGAUGAGAGGGUGAUUGUUUUGAACAACGACGUGGCAAAAGUAGCCACUUGCCGUAUUCUGAAACGCCAUAGAAUACCUUGUGCCAUCUCUAGUGAUCUUAUCAAUGAUGAUGAAAGACCACCACGGGAACUUGAGCUGGCUUGCUCGAUCUGAUGAUGUUUUCCCUCCGACCUUCAAUACUUUUGACUUUUUGAGCACUUGCUCUUGCCUAUAUGCCUAGUGCUCUAGUUUAGAUUAUGUGGCUUGAGAAUUGAAGCGGCAGAAUGUAUUUUUCACGUGCCAGCCAUCUAAAAAGCAAGCUGUUAAUCGAAGAGUGUAUUUCGAAGAGUGUAUUUCCCCCCCGACCUUCACAGAAUGUAUUUCGAAGAGUGUUAGCUGCUUAGAAAGGAAAGAAAUGCCUUCAAACGAAUUUUGAUUUGAUAGACUGGAAUACGAGAUGACGAGAUAUUCCCCCCAGCUGCUUAUUACGAUUAUUUACGAAGGCGGGAAAUGCCCUGGGUUCC